CUACAUGGUUCAGUUUGCCUCUCGCUAUAAUAUUGUAGCGAUCUCGGUUAACACAGACAUUAAUAUAUUUUCAUUACAAACUCUGCUUGGCAGUAUUUCGCGUUGCAAUAUUGAUAGCACGUCGAUAGUAACAUUUUCCUGUAAAAGUUAAAGCAGUUGCUGUUGACACCCAUAGAGCACAACUACGCCACCAGCAUUUAAACAAAGCAUGUUUAAAUUCUGCGGUACCAGAACUCUGGGAAACCAGCUGUUCAUCCAGCGCGGAAGGCAACCUACAGACAGAAACAGUCAGAAGUGAAUCAUUUAAUCAGCUGGACUGUCUGCUGAACAGGAAAGAAGAGACACAGGCAUCGAAUUAAGGAGAUUCCAGUCUUGCACUAGUGCAUUGGGAGCAGAAGGUGAAUAUUUAUUCAUCUCACUCGCUGCAAUCCAGGAGGAAUCAACCAAGGCAGAGCAAAUGGAUAAUGGAGACUGGGGCUACAUGAUGACUGAUCCAGUCACUCUGAAUGUCGGAGGGCACCUGUACACCACGUCUCUCUCAACGCUGACACGGUACCCGGACUCCAUGCUGGGUGCCAUGUUCCGAGGAGACUUCCCUUCCGCCCGGGACUCCCAUGGACACUUCUUCAUCGACCGGGACGGGCCGCUGUUCCGGUACAUCCUCAACUUCCUGCGCACAUCGGAGCUGACCCUGCCCAUGGACUUCAAGGAGAUCGACCUGCUCCGCAAGGAGGCUGAUUUUUACCAGAUCGAGCCCCUGAUCCAGUGUCUCACCGACCCCAAGCCUCUGUACCCACUGGACACCUUCGAGGAGGUGGUGGAGCUCUCCAGCACCCGCAAGCUUUCCAAAUACUCAAACCCCGUAGCAGUCAUCAUAACCCAGCUCACCAUCACCACCAAGGUGCGUUCCCUUCUGGAAGGCGUCUCCAACAACUUUACCAAGUGGAACAAGCACAUGAUGGACACCAGGGACUGCCAGGUGUCCUUUACCUUUGGACCAUGUGACUAUCAUCAAGAGGUGUCCCUGCGCGUGCACCUGGUGGAGUACAUCACCAAGCAGGGCUUCACCAUCAGGAACACGCGUGUGCACCACAUGAGUGAGCGCGCCAACGAGAACACUGUGGAGCACCACUGGACUUUCUGCAGAUUGGCAAGGAAAACUGAAGACUAACCGUUUUUAGAAAACACAAAAGUACUCUCAUAUAUAUAUAUAUAUAUAUAUAAUGAUGAAUAAACACCUGCAAUUACUGAAUAUGCAGCGUGUUCUUACCUCUAACUACUACAACAACAAGCUCACUAGUCCACCCUCUGUCCUUCAGUUUCAUGUCGACGUGCUGAACCCAAUAUAUGCUCUAUCAAAAAAUGUCUUUACCCUUGACCUCUCCUAAAGGUCAAAUGCAACAUUUCCUAAUAACUCCUUAGAGAGUGCAGAUAGGGUCAUGGUUACUGUGGAACAUGUAUAGGAACCCGUAUAUGGUCUAUCAAAAGAUAUCUUUGCCCGUGACCUCUGAUCUCUCCUAAAGGUCAAAUGAAAAACUACCUAUAACUCCUUAGAGAGUGCAGAUAGGGUUAUGGUUACUAUGGAACACACAUAUAGGAACCCAUACAUGCUCUACAAAAAAAAUCCUUACCUGUGACCUCUGACCUCUCGUAAACGUCAACUCAAAAACUACCUUACAACUUCUUAGAGAGUGCAGAUAGGGUUAUGGUUACUAUGGAACACAUAUAUGCUGUAUUAAAAAAUGUCCUUGCCGGUGACCUCUCCUAAAGGUCAAAUGAAAAACUAGCUUUAACUCCUUAGAGAGUGGAAAUAGGGUCAUGGUUACUAUGAACACAUAUAGAAACCCAUAUAUGCUCUAUCAAAAAUAUCCUUGCCUGUGACCUCUGAUCUCUCCUUUAGGUCAAAUGAAAAACUAGCUCAUCACUCCUUACAGAGUCCAGAUAGGGUCAUGGUUACUAUGGAACACAUUUUGGAACCUACAUGUCUUUCCUGCACACUGUAUAGGAAAGACAGGCAGGACAGAAGAGGCGGAGGGGUAGCGCUAUACAUAAGAAAUAGUCUUGAAGCCCAGGUGUUAAAUCUGGACAAAGAAAACAACACCGAAUCAAUAUCCUUGCAGCUCCUUGAAGAAGUCGAACAGCCUCAACAUUGGCACUCUCACCACUAGAAAAGGAACAGAACUGAAAUCAUAUACCCACAUAAAUUAAAAUAAAACAAGGUCAUUUAGCAGACGCUUUUAUCCAAAGCUAUUUACAUACGAGCCAAUGUCAGUGCGCCACCUGGGAAACGAACCCACAACCUUUUGGUUGCAAGUCUGGAAUCCUAACCACUACACUACACUGCCGCCCUGAUAACUAUACAUAUAUCGUAUAUGCUGGUCUUAUAACACAAAUUGGCUGCCUAAAAUGAAUGCUGGGAGUAUUACACACAAAACUUUGCAGCACUUGUGCUACUCCAAGUAUUGAUCAGCUUUAAAAUAAAUAAAAACUUAACACUAAAUACCAGCUGGUUUGUUGGAUCCUGUACAUCUAGCAAGUAAUUAAUACAAAUGAUAGGUAGGCCUACAUUGGUACAAUGAAAUACAAAUCUUAAGUCAACCAGUACAACUGUAUAAUAAAGCUACUGAUGCAAAAUCUCAUAGGUAGCUGCAGUACACGAGGGGGUGUUACAAAUACUAAUUUUAUCCCACUUCCCCCGCAGAUUUUUUUAAAAAUAAAAUAAAUAAAUCAAUUGCCUUGA